AUGCAGACUGGAGGAGAGGGAGAGGAGCGGGACGACAUGGCAAACGUCACCUAUGAUGUGCUGUGGAGGGAGACCAUGCGUGAUCUGCUCGACAUGCUCGAGCUGGAUCCACCUCAGGAUCAGGACGAGGAAGAGGCUUUCCAGCAUUUCUCCUACCUGUACAUCAAGUAUGUUCAAAUCUUCAAGAACCUGGAGGACUGCUACGAUCAGCACGUGCACCCGCAGAAGAGGAUAGACAUCAAGGAGGUGCUGGAGGCGGUGAUGGGCAGGAUGCUGGAGAUCAAGGAGUACCUGGUGCAGCUCUCGGGCCUGAAGUUCAUCAGCUUCGACGACAUCCUCGUCGACCUGAAGCUGAUCCCUGAGACGUUGGAGCUGCCCGUUCCCGCUACUUCGGAUGCGGACAAGGAGGUCGAGCCGGAGCCCCCCGAGGCCGGGUUCUCGUUGGAGGAUGCCAUCAGAAUCAUCCAAGUGAACGAGCGAGGGAGGCAGGGGAAGCAAAGGGCGAAGUUCAUGAAGGAGAUUGUGAGGCAGGAAGAGCUGGAGAGAAAAUUGCGGGAGAUCGGUCAGCCCGAGACAGACCCUGAUCAAGCAGCGGUGGUGAUCCAGAAGUUGUUCCGAGGGUUCAAGACGCUGAAGCAAGCGCGUCUGAUGAGGGAGGAGGAGCUGGUCUUCAUCGGAAUGAAGGAGCCCGAGCAGAAGCCGAGGGAGCUGGACCCCGUCUCGCGGCAGGCGGACAUCAGAAGCAGGAGGAAGAUCAUUCAGGCUCAGAACAAGGACGAGUACGAGGAAGCGCUAGUGAGCAUCAGGAGAAAGAUCUACGAUGACGAGGGCGUCGAUAUGAGGGAGCAGAUGAUGGACAAGAUCCGCCAGUGGUUUGUUGCCUACAGGGAGCAAAACGAGGCUUUCCCCGACUACCCUGACGAGGAGGAUGGAGGUUCGCUCUUCAUCUUCGACCCUCCUCCCGUGGUGGAAGAGGACGAGGAGGGUGGAGAUGAGAAGGAUGGGAAGGGAGGGAAAGACGACAAGAAGAAGGACGACAAAGGGAAGGGGAAGAAGGGGGAGGAGGAGGCGGAGGACGAGGGGCCUCAGGAGCUGCCGAUCAGCGACUUUGUGCUGAAGAUGCAGUCAUGCACGGAGAAGUUCUGUCAGGUGUGGCAGGAUAGGGACGAGUCGCAGAACUUCGCACAGAAGUACGACGCGGAGCUGAUUCGUGACGCGCUGCGACCUGGAGUGAGGGAGGAGAUCCGGAUGAAGGAGGUAGACGAGGUUAUGAGGAACGAGCUGGAGAAUCUCAAAGCGGCUGUGGAGAAGGGAAAGAAGGGAAAGAAGGGGAAGAAGAAGGGAAAGAAAGGGAAGAAAGGGAAGAAGGGCAAGAAGGGCAAGAAGGGACCCAAGGACUUAACGCCAGAUAGGACGAUGGACUCAUUGAUGAAGGAGCUGGUUGACAAAGACAUCCUGCAGCUCGCAAGCAACUACUCUGUGCAGGACUUCGUCGGACAACACAGGAAUCUGGACAUGAUUGAGAGGAAGGCUCUCGACCCGACCCCUCCCGAGGCUUCCUUGGCUCAGAUCCGACAGGCGGUAGUGGAGCAACUCGUCCUGCCACUCGGCUCGCAGGCUGUGCAUGAGAAGGCGCCGUUUGUGAACAAGGCGCUAAUAUACGGUCCCAAGGGAUGCGGGAAGACGAUGCUCUCCAUGGCGAUUGCUAGAGAGACAGGAAGCAACUUUUUCAACCUCUCGGCUCGAAAUCUCGACCCAGGGGCUCCAGGAUCAGGACGUAUCAAGUAUCCCGACAAGAAGGGAGCAAACUCUGCUGUGAUGAUGCUGCACAUGGUCUUCAAGGUUGCAAAAGCUUUGGCUCCCUCUGUAGUCUACAUGGACGAAGUGGAAUGGACAUUCAUCGCAGACAAGAAGAAGCUGAAAUCUCAGUGGCCGGGGGAAAAGCCACCGUCGAGAUUCUUGAAAGAUUUCCUCAAGGAAGUGAAGUUUCUCAAGGAGGAGGAUAGGAUCCUUAUCCUGGGGAACUCACGGCGCCCCUUCUUUGCUGAGAAAGGAGAUCUGAAGAAGAUGAACACUUUCUUCAAGGCGAUCUGGCGAUCCCUCAUCCUCCGGAACAAGGGAGUCAUCACGGAUGCGCUGGACUUCCAGACUCUCGCCUGGAUCACCAAGAGCGCAGGAUACACACCUGGAGCGGUUGACGCUGUCUGCAAGAAGGAGGACUAUGAGCAGUUCAUGGCCUGGAACCUCAAGAACAAUCCGCAGGGGAAGCAGGAGCCGAAGGAGAAGAAGCCCAAGGCAGAGAAAGCGAAGGGAGGGAAGAAGAAGAAGUGA